CGUUCCUGGGUAUGGUUGUUGACGUAAGGGAGCUUGAAGGUAUCCUGGGCAGCUUUGCUAGAGUGGAAGAACUACAACCCCCAGCAAUCAUUGCGCUGCCAGGCUGUCCUCUUCGUCGUCCGGCCCCCCCCACCUCCCCCCAUCUUAGUGCCUGAGCGGCUUGGCCAGAGCUGCUGCUACUGCAGCAAGAGGUAGGGCUGAGGCGUUGAGAAUUUCAUGGACAGGCGGUCGCACAAGAAAGACACAGAGGUAGUGGUGUACACUAAGCCCUUGACAGCAAAUAGGUCAGUCCCACCUUUGCUAAAACCUCCCUUCCAUGACCAUUUUCCCCUUCCAAGAAAUCAAUGUUUUACCCCAUUUGAUUUCCCCUGUCAGGUGCAUGUAGUAUGAAGACUUAUCUUCUCCAUUUCCCCGUUCCUUGAGGCAGGAGGGUAGCCGCCCAAGCCCUGUAGACAAAAAGACUUAAACCGUAGGUUCUGCCCAGGUCCCAGCCUGGAGAGGUUGAAGGCAGUCAAGCUAGGGGCUUCCAGGAGCCACAGACCCACCCCAUCAACCCCCAGCUUCCCCAACCAGUUUCCUUUGCACCCGACUAUGGAGGGGACAGCACUCAGGCCCUUCCUAACUGCCAGCCUGGUCUUCGCCUGUUAGAAUGGAGGCCUGGGGCCUGAGGAACAGGACUGGAGAGAUAGUCUCUCUGUCCCAUUUGGCCUCUUGCUGUCUGGAGGCGUGUGAAAGCUAAGGUGACACACUAAUUAAAAGCAUCUACUGAAAGAGUAGGAGAAGAUGGCCACUCUGAACCAUACCAACUGUAAUACAGCGGCACCAGCUGCCCUGGAGGGGGCAAAGACCUCUGGUCCGCCGAGCCCCCAGACAGCCCAUGAGCCUCAUGACUUUGGCGGUUCCUUGCUUCUGCCGUCAAGAAAGGAGAUUCCCUCAGAAGAUGAAGGUAUUGCAUCGGCUGAGGUUGGCUCAGGUUGUAGCAGUAGGGGUUCUCGGAGCCAGAGCCCACGGCGCUGUUCAGUGGAGGCAGUGCUGGCCCGAAAGAAGCACCGCAGGCGGCCAUCGAAGCGCAAGAGGCACUGGCGGCCUUACUUGGAGCUGAGCUGGGCUGAGAAGCAACAGCGAGAUGAGAGACAGAGCCAGAGGGCCUCCCGAGUCCGCGAGGAGAUGUUCGCCAAAGGCCAGCCGCUGGCACCCUACAACACUACCCAGUUCCUCAUGGAUGACCAUGACCUGGAGGAACCUAACUUGGAUGUGCUCCACGGGCUAUCCCACCCAGGCUCCAGUGGCGAGAAUGAAGCGGGGGACAGUGAUGGGCAGGGCCGGGCUCACGGGGAAUUCCAGCAGAGGGACUUCUCUGAGGCUUACGAGCGAUACCACACUGAGAGCCUUCAGGGCCGCAGCAAGCAGGAGCUGGUACGCGACUACCUGGAUCUAGAGCGGCGGCUGUCGCAAGCUGAGCAGGAAAGUCGGAGGCUCCAGCAGCUGCAGGCGCGCCCGAGCAGGCAGCCCUGCCAACAGGUGGAGGAGCUGGCCGCAGAGGUGGAGAGACUCCGGACUGAAAACCAGAGGCUUCGGCAGGAGAACGAGCUGUGGAACCGAGACAGCAGCUGCUGUGACCAGGAGACGCCAGCCACAGAAGGGACCCCCAGGCCCAAGGAUGAGACCCCAUUCUAUGCCCGUGCAGGCCAGCUGGGUCACAAGGAGGCAGAUGACAGAUGAAAGCUGUUCCCCGCAGCCCUCCCUCCACUGAGAACUGCUAAGACAAGGUCAGAGUUUCCACUCGUCAUUUCCACAUCGGGUCUUUGAUGUCAUCUUACUUUUUACAGAGGAAUUAAAUAUCCUUGUGAGAACCA